UGUGAACACCUUCCAAUGAAAUAUGCAAAAUAGUCUAUUCAGUCCCAGUCCUUAAUUGUCAAGUUUCAACUGAAGUGUGAGCAGAGCAACGGCGCCCAAAAUGUGUGAGGCUGUCCACACAAACAUAACAGAAGGUACCCAAAGUACAACAGAGGUAAGAUUUGGAAAAGACUACUACAAUUAUUUCGACACCAAAACCUACUUGAAUUCUUAUUUCACUGGAAUUUCCGAAGAAACUCCCUCUCACUCUCAAUUUGCCAUGCGUAAUUUCCACGAGGCUUGGUCCAAAAUGCCCGAGGGAAAUCUUCGUGUGUUAGAAUUUGGUGGAGGACCAAACAUUUCUGCUCUAAUCAGCGCCGAACCCUACUCGAAAGAGAUAAUUUUUGCCGAGUACAGCGAAAGAAAUCGGCGAGAAGUAGAGGAAUGGCUGCAGAAAUCACCUGAUUCUCAUGAUUGGUCAUCGUAUUUCAACUUUGUCGUCCAGAACUUGGAAGGAAAGGCAAGCGAAGAAGUGUCAAUUCGACAAGAAGCACUGAGGAAGAAAGUGACCCAUAUUCUAUCGUGUGAUAUUGGAUGGGAGGACCCGGUAAAAUGGCCAUCUUCGUGGUCCACACAGAUUCGAUCGUUUGAUGUGAUCACAACAAAUCUGUGUCUAGAAGCUUCCGUGACAUCUACAGAAGACUAUCGUCACGCGAUCGCCAAGCUGUCAAGGUACUUGAAAGCUGGUGGAUAUUUUGUCAUGCUUGGAGUUCUGGGCGAGAGUUUUUACAUGGUUGGUAAUGAAAAAUUUUAUUGCUUUCCUCUGAGUAAGAGUAUUAUUGAGGAAACUUUUGCGGAAGAGGGAUACCAGAUUCUUGAUCUGAAGGUAUUUACCUUAGAUCCGACAGUGACAAAGGGGAAUUGCAAUGCUGAAGGUUUGUUCUUUUUUAGAGGCAGGUUUGACGCGCAUGCAUAGCCCAUCUAGAUGUCAGUUGUAAUGAUUGCUGAUGGCUGUUCAUUGAAAAGCAGAAA